AUGGCUGAUUAUACCCAUAUCUCGGUGGAUUCAGAAUCGGAUUCGGCCUACGGCGAAAAUGUCGAUUCGGAAUUGACCUCACUUCGCAGUAGUAUCAUGAAUUACCAUUAUGAGAAUGGGCGCCGAUACCAUGCAUAUCACUGCGGCGCGUAUUGGGGUCCAAAUGACGAGCGGGCCAUGGAGCACACUGAUUUAACUGACUUUGCGGAUCAGCAUCCCUCUGCAAGGGUAAUCGGUACCGAUCUCUCCCCAAUUCAGCCAAGUUUGGUGCCGCCAAAUGUUCAAUUUGAAAUCGAUGACUGUUGUGAGGAGUGGGUUUAUUCGCGCGAUGAUUUUGAUUUCAUCCACGUGCGUGGCCUAUAUGGAUGUGUUGCGGACUGGGGAAAGUUCUACGAACAGGCACUUAGACAUUUAAAACCAGGUGGUUAUAUUGAGCAAGUGGAGCAGUCAGUUGUUCCCAAAUCUGACGAUGGUAGUACGGAUGGAACCAUAUUCGAAGCAUGGGGAAAGGUUUCUCUCGAGGCAGGUGACGCGUUCGGGAAAACACUGAGAAUUGUCGAUGAAGCAAAAGACAAGAUGAUCGCCGCUGGAUUCACAAACGUCGUUGAACAUCGUUUCAAAGCUCCUAUCGGGUCUUGGGCCAAGGACCGUCAUUUGAAAGAGCUGGGCCGAUAUAACAGACUGCAAUGGGAGGAAGGAAUUGAAGGAUGGUCCAUGAUGCUAUUGACAAACCUUCUCGGAUGGAGUCGGGCCGAGGUCGAACUAUAUCUAAUGAAGAUGAGACAAGGGUUGCGUGAUCCGAAAAUCCAUGCUUAUCAAGAACAGUGA